GAUGGCAAAUGAAUUAAAUAUUCCAUAUUUUGAGAUUUCUUGUUUGACAGGAUAAAAUGUAGAAUUAGUUAUAGAAAAUAUAACAACAAGAGUUUGGAAUCAAAUGUAAAAAGGAAAUUUGAGUCUUAAGUAAAAGAAACAGACAUAAAAUGCAUAAAAAGAUGAAAAAAUAAAAACUGAAAGUGAAUGUUGUAAAAUGUUUUGA